GAAUCUCGCAGUGCAGAGGCCGCCGGAGCUGGGGCCGCCCGUCCCUGCAUCGCUCCGCGGAGCCAUGUGGGGCUUUUGAUUUUUUUUUUUUUUUCUUCCCCGUUCCUUUCUUUCGGCUGAUUUAUUUCCUCCCCCCCCCUUUUUUUUUUCUUUUCCUCUCUUCCCUUCUUUUUUUUUUUUUUUUUUCUUUUUCUCUUUUUUUUUUUAAACUCUUCUUCCAGGGAGAGGAUAGUGGUUAAAGCUCGAGCUGGAUGGAUGGGUAUGGGGAGAGGGGCAGGAUCCACAGCCCUGGGACUUUUCCAAAUCCUCCCUGUCUUUCUCUGCAUCUUCCCUUCAGUGACGUCUCCAUGCAAGAUCCUCAAGUGCAACUCUGAGUUCUGGGCGGCCACGUCGGGCUCCCACCACCUGGGCGCAGAGGAGGCCCCCGAGUUCUGCACGGCGCUGCGCGCCUACGCGCACUGCACCCGCCGCACCGCCCGCACCUGCAGGGGCGACCUGGCCUACCACUCGGCCGUGCAUGGCAUAGACGAUCUCAUGGUGCAGCACAACUGCUCCAAGGAUGGCCCCACGUCCCAACCCCGCCUCCGGACAUUGCCCCCCGGGGACAGCCAGGAGCGCUCCGACAGCCCCGAAAUCUGCCACUACGAGAAGAGCUUUCACAAGCACUCGGCCACCCCCAACUAUACUCACUGCGGGCUCUUCGGGGACCCCCACCUCAGGACUUUCACGGACACCUUCCAGACCUGCAAGGUGCAAGGGGCCUGGCCGCUCAUAGACAAUAACUACCUGAACGUCCAGGUCACCAACACGCCGGUGCUGCCUGGCUCCUCGGCCACCGCCACCAGCAAGCUCACCAUCAUUUUCAAGAGCUUCCAGGAGUGCGUGGACCAGAAAGUGUACCAGGCGGAGAUGGACGAGCUCCCCGCUGCCUUUGCUGAUGGCUCUAAGAACGGUGGGGACAAGCACGGAGCCAACAGCCUGAAGAUCACCGAGAAGGUGUCGGGGCAGCACAUCGAGAUCCAGGCAAAGUACAUCGGCACCACCAUCGUGGUGAGGCAGGUGGGCCGCUACCUCACCUUUGCCGUGCGCAUGCCAGAGGAGGUGGUCAACGCCGUGGAGGACCGGGACAGUCAGGGCCUCUACCUGUGCCUCCGCGGUUGUCCGCUCAACCAACAGAUUGACUUCCAGACCUUCCGCUCGGCUCAGGCCGCCGAGGGCCGCACUCGCAGGAAGGGGCCCAGCCUGCAGGCCCCCCCCGAGGCUUUCACGUACGAAUCGGCCACAGCCAAGUGCAGGGAAAAGCUGCCCGUAGAGGACCUCUACUUCCAGUCCUGCGUCUUCGACCUCCUGACCACAGGGGACGUCAACUUCAUGCUGGCUGCUUAUUACGCCUUUGAGGACGUGAAGAUGCUUCACUCCAACAAAGACAAAUUGCACCUCUAUGAAAGGACACGGGACCUAGCCCCGGGCAACGCGGCUCCCUCGGGGCUCCCCCGGGCCCCUCCUGCCCUCUGGGUUGCACUGCUGUGUUUGAGUCAGUGUUGGCUGGGUUUGUUAUAGAGGUUUGCUCCCUCGCACUGUGGGGAAAGGGGAGCAGGAGGGGAUGAGGGACAAGACAGCAGCGCCGGAUGAGGAGAGGUUGGAAAGGGGAUCCGGUGAGGAGCGAGAGGAUCGUCCUCAGAUCUCAGCCCCUCUCUCCAGCAGCUGGUCCUCCCCAGCUCUUGUUCUUGGAGGAACGUGAUGCUCCCAGGACCAGUUGGGAGAUUUUGCUGGACUGCACCUCGAGUGGUCCUUCCUCACCUCCCAUCAUCCUCAUCCUCCUCCUCCCCGUAGUGUGGGUGCUGGGGGUCCCCCACCUUGCACAGCACCCCUAUGGUCCCGAGAAUGCUCGUGGUGACUGUGAUGUUGGCAUGUGUGAACGUGGCUUUGUGUUAGGGAGCCGUGAGCAUGACGGGGCUGGGCUCCGUUUUUUGGGCUGUGCAUAUUCACACAGCCCCAUCGCUGCAGGAGGCGAUGCAAAGCAGCAGGUAGGGGCUGAAACAGUGGGGCUGGCCACAGAGAGGAACGAGGCACCUUCUGGGUGGAAGGAGGACAUGUUCCUCAAGCUUCGGCUUGUGUUCUCUGUGGUUCAAAGGGCAUCUCCAAUUUUAGCCACUUCUUUCAGCUGAUUCACUCCAUAGUUCUAUUUCUGGCUCCCUUGUCUCUGCCCAGACCCACUGAGGACUCUUGAUUGCGACAGGAGAAACCUGGCCAGUAUUCAAGUGAUUUCUUAACUUCUGCCUGGCGACGGACGAGCUCCUUGCGCCACUUACUCCCCUAAAACUGGCAGUGGGGAGGCUGCUCAGUGGGAGACCCCCUCUGUACCCCCUCAAGCCCCACAACCCCUUGCCUGCCCACGGAUCAGCCAGGUCCUGGAGCAGGACUGUCCCUCUCUGUUUGUUUGCUGCUAGGUCUCUGCUUUGCUCCUCAUCCUGGGGCCGUGACUCGCAACCCCAUUGCAGACCCGUUGCACCUUAAGCCCUUCUGGGCUUGACUCUGGAAUGGGGCAAUGUUAGAAAUCCAGCCAGGAGAUAGGAUGCAGCAGAGGCCCCCCCCCCCCCCACCCCCCGACAACCCCCACAUAUCUGUUCCCUGCCUCAAAAUCAUUGAUAAUCUCCCUUCCCUACCAUGUUGUGCUGCCCAACCUCUUCCUCUCCGUGUUCCUCUGUGGUUCACCUCAUUGCUCACUGAACAAACAGCGAGACCACCUUUGGUCUGCAUCUUGGAGACCUCUUUAUGGAUUUCCCCUCCUUUCCUCAGGGGGACUUUCCCAGAACUCAACCCCAAAACAUGUGUCACCCUUGGGGGAACCUCCUGCUCAAGGGAGGUCUCUGGGCAUGAUAAGACAAGCUAGCACCAAAAGAGGUGGGAAUAGGCUACAUUUGGCAGUCUGAACUGGUGCCAAGAGGCAGCCUGGUGUAAAUACUCAAUGUGACUAUUCAUUGUGUCCUAACAGCUCUAGAGCUCCAUUUGUAAAGCAGCAGAGAAAUGCAAAAUUGUGUCAAUGGAUGUAAUUUAUAUUGUCUCUUUAAUAUAUAGAGCCCUGGCAUUGAUCUCGUGUGACUGUACAGAUGAAGAGAUGUAAUUGGUUUUUAAGUGUUUAAGGAAAGAAAAGAAACAAACAUACAAACAAAACAAACAAAAAAAAUAUGUGUUUACUACUUUGCUCCUUGCUUUGUUUGCUGGUGCCCCAGGUAUUCUGUUUAGGCAGAUUUUAAAAUAAGGAUAUCACAGUUUGGCAGCACUGAGGAGACCAACCACUGGACCGCGGCAUGGGACAGCUUGGCUUCCCAAUGCACUAAUUGCUCAGCCAGGCUGAUUUGGACUUCUUGUUUCCCAUAUUAAAGAAAGAUCCAAAUAUUUGUCUGUAGAAAAUCAAAGCCCAAGUUUUGAAAGCCAAAAUUUCUCACUGGCUAUGGGGAAACAUUUGUUUCUUGCCAUAUUACCCCAUAGAUAACAGCGACUGUGCAAAGCAUCCCCUCUGAAGACAUGCUGCUUUGCAAAAGUGGUCUCAGCUGGCCAAGCCACAGCAUGCCAACAAGGCCAUCCUUCCCAUAAGACCUUCCUUUCCUAUAAAGCAAUCACACUCUUACACAUUUGCUGUGGCUCAGGAGUAAUUUAAAGCCAAGGAAAUUAUAUUUGAUUACCAUGUGGCUCAGUCCCACUGCCAGGUGAGUGCUCCAGUGGUGGUCAGCUGUCCUAGGGUGGUUGGGGUAUCCCUAUUUUAGAAGCAAACAGUGAAGCACUUUAUUUUGGUUGUGUUUGACCCAGUUCUGGUUAAAGGUGAAGUGUGGCCAAGAAAGACCCGAUACUUGGAAACAAAAGAAAUACAUAGGUAAAGGGAGGACAUUAUGAGAAUGUCCCCCACCUCCUCCCUGCGUUCAGACCCACGGGAGUGUCACCACGUGUAUAUACUGUAAAUUAUUUAUUGAGAGAAAUGCAAGUAAAGUUUGAGGUUUUUUUGACAAUAAAUUAGUGGGUCUCGUUUUG